CCGUGACUGCUGCUGCCGCCAUUAAAGGGCUCGGAAGGGAGGGCGGGGGGAGAGGGAGGCAGUGAGGCCUGGGCUUCUCUCUCGCGCGUCCUUGCUCUGUCGCGCGCGCUCCCUCGGCCGUUGGCCCCGGCCUCCCUUCCCCCUCUUCCCUCUGCCGCUCUGGCCGCGCCGCCCCUCAGCGACUUCCUUCCCCAGUGAGCGGGCGGCAGGCAGGCAGCGGGCCGGCAUGGAGGAUAAGAGCUUCACCAAGGAGCUGGACCAAUGGAUCGAGCAGCUCAACGAGUGCAAGCAACUGGGCGAGAACCAAGUGCGGAGUCUGUGCGAGAAGGCUAAAGAAAUACUUACAAAGGAAUCCAAUGUUCAGGAAGUACGCUGCCCCGUUACAGUCUGUGGAGAUGUCCACGGUCAAUUCCAUGACCUUAUGGAGCUCUUUAGAAUUGGUGGGAAAUCACCGGACACAAACUAUCUCUUCAUGGGAGAUUAUGUCGAUAGAGGCUACUACUCAGUGGAAACCGUGACUCUGCUUGUUGCAUUGAAGGUGCGUUAUCCAGAGCGCAUUACAAUCCUACGAGGCAACCAUGAAAGCAGACAGAUCACACAAGUGUAUGGUUUCUAUGAUGAAUGUCUACGGAAAUAUGGAAAUGCCAACGUUUGGAAGUAUUUCACAGAUCUGUUUGAUUAUCUCCCUCUUACAGCUCUAGUAGAUGGACAGAUAUUCUGUCUCCAUGGUGGUCUUUCUCCAUCUAUAGAUACACUGGAUCAUAUCAGAGCUCUUGAUCGUCUGCAGGAAGUUCCACAUGAAGGUCCAAUGUGUGAUCUCUUGUGGUCUGAUCCAGAUGAUCGUGGUGGCUGGGGAAUUUCUCCACGUGGUGCAGGCUACACCUUUGGUCAAGAUAUUUCUGAAACAUUUAACCAUGCCAAUGGGCUUACAUUGGUAUCUCGUGCUCAUCAACUUGUAAUGGAGGGCUACAACUGGUGUCAUGAUCGGAACGUGGUCACCAUUUUCAGUGCACCCAAUUACUGUUACCGCUGUGGGAACCAGGCUGCUAUCAUGGAGCUAGAUGACACUUUAAAAUAUUCCUUCCUUCAGUUUGAUCCAGCACCUCGCCGUGGAGAGCCUCAUGUUACUCGGCGCACCCCAGACUACUUCCUAUAAAAUUCUCCUCCUUGGUUUGGCCUUGAGCAGUAGUAGUACACCUGGCAUUUUUUUGAAAAGCAACAAUGUAUGUGAUGAGUUGAGGUCUGUCUCAGCAAAGCCUCUUCAUGGACCAAACUGUGCCAUAACGAGGAUGCGCAGCUUUGAGCACAACUUAAGACUGACUUCAAUACACUAAUCAAUCCUGUAUCAGCCAGUCCAACAGCCAGUUUGCCUGCUCUUUAACUGUAGUAAUCGUUUUCUUCUGGACUGUUCAGAGAGGAAAGGUAACUAACCCAUCUCCCUUUCAUGCUUACUUGUACAUUUUAGUUGUAGUUAACCGGCAUGUUAUCAACGUUUUGAAGUUUAAGAAAAAUGCACAAACUAACUUCCCUCUUAACCCUAUUGCCCUCUAUUUUAUGGACAUAAGUAACUUAACUGGAGAGAGAAAAUCCUCUUGGGAGUACGUUGUCAUAAGCUUUCCCUCCAUUUAACUAGAUUACUGUUCUGUGUUGAUCCUUUUUUCUGUAUAUUUGUCAUGAAAGUGCUUGCAUCUUAUUUGAUGUAAUUGAACAAAUAAACUUGCAGAUCAUUAUUCCAAACA